GAAAGUGGGAGCCUUGUGGAGGGAGGUGACCUCAACUGGAUGGACUUUUUACCAGAAGGGGAAGAUGUACAUAAUUUUCUCUUGGAGCAGAGGCUGGACUUCAUGGAGUCUGAUAGUUCCUGGGUCUCUGAAGCACUUUCAAAGAAAGAACUCUCUGCUGAAGAGCUAUACAAGCGACUCGAGAAACUCAUCAUUGAGGACAAAGCAAAUGAUGAGCAGAUCUUUGACUGGGUAGAGGCUAACCUAGAUGAAAGCCAGAUGAGUUCACCCACAUUCCUUAGAGCUUUAAUGACAGCCGUUUGUAAAGCAGCUAUUAUCGCUGACUGCUCGACCUUCCGGGUGGACACUGCUGUCAUCAAGCAGAGAGUGCCGAUCUUACUCAAGUACCUGGACUCGGACACGGAGAAGGAGCUGCAAGCACUUUAUGCGCUACAAGCAUCAAUAGUAAAACUUGACCAGCCUGCCAACUUGCUGCGGAUGUUCUUUGAUUGCCUGUACGACGAGGAGGUGAUCUCGGAGGACGCCUUCUACAAGUGGGAGAGCAGCAAGGACCCCGCGGAGCAGAACGGCAAGGGCGUGGCGCUGAAGUCGGUCACCGCCUUCUUCACGUGGCUGCGGGAGGCGGAGGAGGAGUCCGAGGACAACUAAACCUGCAGUACCCCCGAGAUCGCGAAAGAAGCAAUUUCAGUAUUUUUCUAAGUUUCACGUCUUCGCCAAUCGCAGUGCAGCAAGGCCAAUUCUCGCGGGGACGCCCACGCGUGCACGAGUGGGAGGGGGAGAGGUGGUCGUGGAGGGAACGGUCCUGGAGACGCAGACUGCAGCCUGAGGGCGGGAGCACGAAAACCAAAUACACGCAUUAUUUAUAGAAAAUAUUUUCUGUUUUAAUCUUUUCUUUUUAAACAAGGACUCAUACUUAAAAAAAAAAAAACACGUUUAGCAAACAAAAAAAGUUGAGAACUUUUAAUUUAUUUUAAGGACUGCAAAUGCCAGUGUAAUUUUUUAAUUUGCAGUUUCUGUAAACAACUUGUAUAAUAGAAGCGCAGAGAAAUAAAAGUCCCUCCCCUUCA